AUGCGCUUCCAGUCGCCGCAGCUCGGCGCCUUGGGCGUCACGUACACGGCGAUGAGAGCUUGCCAGUUCGUGUCGCUCAUCGCCGUCAUUGGAAUGUCUGCCAACUUCAUCAGCCAUAUUGCCACGGCCGAGCGCAACCCCCCUUCAGAGCUCAUCGGCACUCUCACAGUGGCAGUCACGGCGGUCAUCUACGUGAUCAUCAGCUACAUCCUUUACUACGACAAUAUGCUUCCGCUGCUCAUUGCCGCAGUCUUUGAUGGGCUCCUCCUGAUCGCCUCCAUCGUUGUUGCCUCGCUGAUUGGCAAGCCUCUCUCGUCGCUCAACUGCGCGGCGAUCCCCGCAAAUCUCGAUGAUCAGUCCACAGCCUUUUGGUCGUCUGUCGUCUACUCCGUCCCCGCUAUAUCCAUUACGAAGACAGUGUCGUAUCCUAUAUUCGUUGGUGCUGACCAAGCAACCUGCUACGAGAUCAAGGCUGUCUGGGGUCUCUCCAUCGCUUUGUGCGUGCUGUUUGCCUUCACCUGCCUCGUCUGUGUCGGCCUGUGGAACCGCGUCCGUCGUGAGGGCGGCAGCGCCACAAACAGCAUCAAGAGCAAGGAUAUUGAGGGCUAG